AUGGAUUGCGGAGACGACACUUUGAUCUUAUAUAACGAUGUAACCUUACCUGAGGACAUCUUAAAGCUUAUGGGAAAAGAUGUAAAUACAGACCAAAGCGCUGUUUUCUCCCUGCACGAUCAACUUACUACGAUCUGGCAAACUAUUUUGACUAAUGGCUUGAAAAAAUCGGAUGCUCAAACGCUUUUUAAUGCAUACCAAACAUCAGAAAAACUAUCAUUCCUUAGACCUCCCGAAUUGAAUCCGGAAGUAAAGGCUGCCUCGUCAAAACAAAACAUCUCUGUGGACGCAUCUUAUGUCGAGAUGCAAAAUCAACUUGGAAAAGGCCUGGCUGCACUAGGUAGAUCAAUUUCCACGAUUCUCAUUGAUUUAGAACAUAUGCCAGAUCAAUUCAAGGGCGAUUUCCUUACUAAUCUAUGUGAUAGCGGACGAAUUCUAACGAAUCUCUUCCAUCGCAUGUCGGUUACACGAAAGAACCUUCUCGUUCCUGGUCUAAAAAUAUCUAAAGAACUGCAAAAUCUCUUCUAA